AUGGGAGCAUGUUUAAUUUACAUUUCCCUAGGUAGCCCUAUCCCUAAUCCUACUUCAAAUACUGACACUGAAACUGCUAUUGAUGCAGCCGAAUACUUUGGUGAAGACUUGAUUCAACCAGAAUCACCACCAAUAUCUGCCUCACCACGUUGCUCUGAAGCUGGUAAUAUUGAUGAUACUCAGAUGCUGACUCCUCAAUCUUCAAAGGAAGUAGAUUCUAGCUCUCUGUCAUCACCUGACACUGGUAUAGGAAUGGAUAAUGGAUCUUUCAAUUCCACCAAUAAUGUGGAAUCACCCGGCUCCACAACCCCGGAAAAAGAAUCUGAAGACCAGGACCCUGAGGAGAAUAAUGUAAAAGAUAGAAAUGAGAAAGAAAGGAAGGAAGAAGAAGUUGUUGUACGAGAUGAUAUUUAUGAGACUAAAGGAGAAGAAAUCCCAACUGUUUUGCUGGAGAAUUUAGAUUCUGCUAGUGUUGCCUCGGAAGCUAGUACCGGAGAAAAAGGGGACAGUGGACAGGAUGAGGAAAGUACCUAUAGGAAAUACUUGAGAAAAUGGGAAAAAGAACGAGAAGAGGAAGAACGCAAGAAAAGUUUUAAAAAUAUGCCAAGAAUGAAUCAGGAGCAAUUUAUACAACAAUGGAAGACAUUGUAUGACAUGUUUGGAGAAGAUGAACAUGAACAGGAACUAUACCAAGCUAUUGCUGCUGUUGGUACACUGCUUCUGGAAAUAGGUGAGGUGGGCAAACAGUUCUACAAUAAGAAUAAGAAUCCAACUGCUAACGUUGAUGAAGGUGAUAUUGAAAAUGACAAUGAGAAUAAAAAUAAGAUGUCUCCAAGUGAUAAAGUAGAUGACAGUAAAGAGGAUGCACCACAAGAUGAUAGCGUAUUUACAGUUGAAAAGGGCGAUGAGAAUUUACAAGAAACUGAGCAAAGAAUGGAAAAACUUGCAGUGAGUGAAAGUAGUCCAACAUCAGAGGAUGUAACAGCCUUGAGUAGUGUAGCUCUAGACUCAGAUUUGACAUCGAUUAAUAGUCAGAGCUUUGAUGAUGCUAUCUCGGGUGAGGAGUUUGGGAAAUGUGAAAGACCAGCAUCCAUCUCCAGCUCCAUUCACAAGCUUGAUAUGGACUGGUCUAUUACAUUUGAACAGUUCUUGGCCUCCAUGUUGACUGAGCCAGUGCUGGUGAAAUUUUUUGAGAAUCCUGUGGAUAUAUCGGCAUUAAUCGAUGGAUUUCGACAGCGAAGAUUGUUUGAAAGACAGCUAAGCAGUGCCAGUGUAUCUAGUCUUGCAUAA